UUUUCUCUAAGAAAAGAUUUAAUAGUAUUUAGUGAUGAUAUUAUUUGAGAAACAAUUGGGAAUAUGUAUAUUUUAAUAUAAGCUAGUGCUUGAUAAAACAUGGCUUGGAAAGUUUUACUUAAUGAAGUCGAAUUUCUAGCUCAAGUUGGUUAUUACUUAACUAUAUUUCCGAUGGUUGGCUUAGCCAUAUCCGAUUCACCUUCACCCAUACCUGGAUACCUUUAUGGCGAGAUAAAUGCAAUUACUUAUGUGGAAAAUGGAAUCCAUUGUAAACCUUUGGCUGCAUUUUUGGUAUCGAGGCUUCAAAGUACAACACCCUUCAUAGCCACUAAAGUGUUAAAAUUACUGUUAUAUCUAGUGCAAAAUGGGCAUGAGGAAUUUAUUAAUGCUAUAAAAUUUCAUGAAGUUCCUUUGAAAGAAGCCAUGGGAUUUCAUGGACCUCCGGAUGAUCUUCAUGGCAGAACAUUUUAUGAAAAUAUUAGAAAAAUGGCAAAGGAGUUACUAGAAUUUAUUUUUGCUGAAAAUAAAAUUACUGGAAGCUGCAUAUCUCAGACUGCUUUACCAGGGAUGGGAGGUUAUGGAUCAACUGCAAGUCUGACAAAAAUGCCAGGAUUUGGACACACUGUAAAAACACAAAAGUCUGUUACGGAAAAAGUUAGUGAUGGCCUUACAAACCUCGUUGAGAAAUUCAAAGCAUCUAAUGAUAAAGAAAAGCAAGCUAUCCAAAUGUCUUAUCUCAAUGAGUCUAUUCCUAAAUACAAGCCACUUAUUAUUGAUAAAAGUCAGUCAGAUUGUAAUGUAUCAAGUUUUGAAGAGAAACCUUUGUCUGUUCAACAAGCUACAGUUCUAGCUCAUGCUAAAAGAAAAGUCAGAGUUUACAAACCAGGCCAGCCUGGUGGUGGUUGGGCCGAUCCUUGCAACACUGAUGAUACAAUAACUGAAGUGUUGCCAGAAGGUACUAGUAAAAUAAGUUCCACAUCAACUGAUUCCCUUGAAAUGAGUAAAAUUGAUUUACAGAGUAGCACAGAUUGGGUGGAUGAACACAAGAUUGUAAAUGAAUUUAUUGUAAAUGAACCAUUACAAAAAUUAAGAUAUGAUUACAUUUUAUCCCAGUGCAAAAGGUGUGCAUCUCUGAACUGUGAUCAAGUUUUGAAAUUUCUCAUGGAUAAAUUAUCUUCAAAAGAAUUAAAUGUUCGACUGAGAAUUUUUGUCUUUAUGGAAUAUUUAUUAUUUUACGACAUAAUUACAGCAGAAUCAUUGCGCAAGAUUGUCUUACCUGUUUUAACAUCAACAACUAUUGAAAAUGCAGAGGAACAAAUAAAAUUAAAAGCUAAGAAGUUGUCUCUAAUUGUGCAUUGUCUGAGUAAACAUCAGCAAAAACAAGGUAUAGAACCGAAUUGACCAGUCAGACUGCUUUACUUGAUGAUCAUAUCUAAAUGAAGAAUCUUGAAUAUUUCUAUCCUAUACUGAGAUGAGCUUGAAGUUGAAACUGUGAUUUCUGUCUAAUUUAUUCCUUUUAUUGAUUUGUAAAUAAAUUUUAUAAUUUUUUUCUACUAA